AUGGCCUCCAUGACUAAUAUUUUGAAAAAUCUGAGUUUGGGGAACAACAUUCAGCCAGCUGCUGCUAUUCAAAGUGGAGACAUUUCUUGUGUAUAUUGUGGAGAUGGGCACAUGUUUGAAAAUUGCCCUUCUAACCCAGCAGCAGUUUGUUAUGUGGGAAACCAGAAUUUUAACCGAAACAGUGGCCCAUACUCAAAUUCGUAUAACCCAUCUUGGAGGCAGCAUCCGAAUCUAUCUUGGGGGGGGGGGGGGGGUCAAGGAGCAAGUUCCAGCAACGCACCAGUACCAGGAAAGCAAGCUUAUCCACCAGGUUUUUCUCAGCAGCCAAGGACUUCGCAACCACAGCACCCUCAAAACUCUCAAUCCAAUUCUUUGGAGAGUUUAAUGAGGGAUUAUAUGGCCAAGAAUGAUGCAAUGAUACAGAGUCAGGCAGCAUCUCUUCGAAACCUUGAAAUGCAGCUGGGGCAAUUAGCCAAUGAAUUAAAAAAUAGGCCUCAAGGUUCUUUGCCUAGUGACACGGAGAAUCCAAGGAGAGAUGGGAAGGAACAUUGCAAGGCUAUCAAUCUAAGGAGUGGAAAAAUUCUGGAAAAUUCUGAGGAGAAAAUAAAGGGCAGUGGGGAGCCCACUUCAAUCCAAACUGAAGGAGAAUCUAGUAAAAAAUCAGCAAAAGAAGUUACUGAAACUGGCUCAGUUGAUACAGCAUCGGGUCAGCAAUAUGUUCCAGUAAAGUCUAUACCAAAACCGCCCCUACCAUUUCCUCAGCGAUUUCGCAAACAGCAGCAAGAUGGGCAGUUCAGGGUGUUUCUGGAUGUGUUAAAACAGCUCCAUAUUAACAUUCCCUUGGUGGAAGCCUUGGAACAAAUGCCAAACUACGUCAAAUUUUUAAAAGAUAUUUUGACGAAAAAGAGAAGGCUGGGGGAGUUCGAAACUGUUGCUCUUACAGAGGGUUGCAGCGCUAUGUUGAAGAGUAAAAUCCCUCCAAAAUUGAAGGACCCUGGCAGUUUUACGAUCCCUUGUUCUAUUGGGGGACGGGAUGUUGGAAGGGCGUUGUGUGAUUUGGGCGCCAGUAUUAAUCUUAUGCCGAUGCCAAUUUUUAAGAAGCUUGGUAUUGGUGAAGCGAGGCCUACAACUGUUACAUUGCAGCUAGCGGAUAGAUCUAUGGCCCAUCCUGAAGGGAAAAUUGAGGAUGUUUUAGUGCAGGUUGACAAAUUUAUUUUCCCAGCCGACUUUAUUAUCUUGGAUUAUGAAGCUGACAGAGAAGUGCCAAUUAUAUUGGGGCGGCCGUUCCUUGCUACAGAGCGUACUUUAAUUGAUGUGCAGAAUGGGGAACUCACUAUGAGAGUUAAUGAUCAGCAAGUUACUUUCAGCGUGUUCAAGGCAAUGAAGUUUCCUGACGAAAUAGAAGAAUGCUCUAGUAUUGAUGUGAUUGAGACGCUUGUGGCUGAGAGAUUUAAUAAGAGGGUUGAUAUGGCUUAA